AUGGGGUCCAAUGUAGCCUCAGCCAAUCAGUCCGGCGAUCCUCUACUCGUGAUUCUAUAUCUCCUCCGAGGGUCUCAGGGGCUGCAAUUUCAGAAUUGUCAGCAAGAGCAGGAGGCAACUCAUCCAAGCCCAACAAUGCAUCCACCCAUCAAUGAAGCUAGGAGAUUAAUGCUGGAGGUCUCGGAUACCCUUGGCUCCUCCGAAAUCGUCUCGAGUACCCAUGCCCCGAAGAGCUAUAGCCCGCACGAUGAACACGAACGCGAGCUCGAUGAAUGGAGCGUGCGCAAUCAAAUGCAGAGCUUGCGCCUUUUGCACCAUUACUUCUCAUCAGCAUACCGCCUCCUGUCUUACGAGACUGCUACUGCUGAGUUAUGGCGAACCACGGUACCAGAGAUUGCCCUGACUCAUGAAUAUCUGAUGCAUGGCAUCCUGGCACUUUCUGCUCUUCACUAUGCUCAUACCAAUUCCACCCAGCGUGAAGACCACUUAGUCAUUUCUGCUCGCUACCAACAGCUCGCUUUGAAAUUCUUCAGCGGUAAUAUCGGCGCUGUUGAUGACGGUAAUUGCGAGGCGUAUUUUCUUCUUUCUUCUAUAAUAUUCCUGCUUUCCACUUUUCGGAUUGCCCAUUCAGGCGACAGUGGGGAGCGGCCUAGCCCUGAGACUGUGGCACAAUCCUUUGUUUUGUUGCAAGGAAUCAAAGGAGUCCUCGCCAGUCAGUCGCUGCAGAGGUGGGUAGUUGGAAACCCCCUGGCAGUACUCCUGUCACCUCGGCCUUACGAUCAAAGUAGGCACGAGCUUAAUUCGCAGCUGCAGGACCGUAUAUGUCGAGUGCGGCAGCUUGCUGAGGAGGAUUCAGGUUUCUACAAUGAUGAAGAGUUGCGCUCAAACUAUAUCGAUGCCAUUGAUUUAUUACAAAUUACCUCCACUUGGGUCGAUCCUUCGUCGUCAGAAGGCAGGCGCAGGGUGUGGUACUGGCCUUUCAACUUAUCGCAAGCAUUCCUCCACUCUCUUCGCACUCGACAGCCACUGGCUCUCAUCGUACUGUCAAUUUUUGCACAACUUGUCAGUUCUCUCGAAGCAGAAAACUGGCUACUAGAUGGUUGGAGUAACAGCGUACUUGGUAUGAUUGAUGAAACGCUAGAUCGGCAGUGGCGGCAUUGGUUGGGUUGGUCGCAAGAGCAAUAA